GAAGUGACGCUGAUGGUGUCGCUGUCAUUUUGGUUCGUGCGAGAUAAAUCAGCGUUAAGUUUCAAAAACUAUGGUGACGAAUUGCCACUAAACCAAAUAAUAAAAACGUUGUUGAGUUUGACAUUAACAUUCACUUUAAUUUCGUAAAAAAUGCUCACAGAUUAAACUAAUUAUGGUCGUAUCGUUGCUUUAAAGCCUUUUAACGACCUUGUUACAGCCCUGAAUGAGGCUUGAGUGACUGAAGGACAAUUUUAGGAGGAAUAAUGCAGAGAGCUUUCACACAGGCAGUGAGAUUUUCUUCAGCUCUGCAGUGUCCAGUCCUACAUUCACCCAGAUGGCUGCACACGAACCAUGCGCUCUGGGCUGGACAUAACAAAUGGUCCAAAGUAAAGGACAUUAAAAUACCCAAAGAUGCUGCUCGAGCCCGGAUGAUCGCCAAGUACACCAUGAUGAUUCGGAUCGCAGUCAGAGAGGGAGGACCCAAUCCAGAAUUUAACAUUGGCUUGGCACAGCUUUUGGAACAGUGCCGGAACAAGAAUCUACCGAAAGCCACUGUAGAAGGAGCAAUAAAAGGAGCUAAGUCUAAACCAGGAACGCAGCAUCUCUAUGAGGCCACAGGUCCGGGUGGCUGCACGUUACUUAUCGAGAUUUUGACUGACAACAACACACGAUCCCAUCAAGAAAUAAAGCGCAUCAUGACCAAACAUGGUGGGGCGCUAUGUGAAGGAGGACGUCGUAACUUUGACAGGAAAGGUGUUGUGUCAGCAUCCAGAGAUGACAUCACUUUUGAGAAAGCUCUAGAGCUGGCCAUUGAGGCAGGUGCUGAAGAUGUACAGGAGACUGAGGAUGAGGAGGAGAGACCUAUACUACAGUUUAUUUGUGAUAUGGCGUCAAUGAAGGCUGUUCGGAGCGCUCUAGAAAGUCUGGGGGUUCGCACACUUUCAUCUGGUCUGGAGUUUAUUUCUCACACGCCAUCUCUCUUGAAUCAGACUCAGUUGGAGACAGCAUCAUCCCUGCUGGAAGCUCUCAAUGACAGCCCUGAUGUGGUUCGAGUGUGGGAUAACAUCCAGGCACAGAAUUAGCACUCACAGGAAGAGAUGAGAUUGAUAUACAGUACAGAAGGGUUCACAGAUAGAUUGAUCCACCUGCUUAAAGAGCCUUAAUAUAUCAGAAACUGUCUUUGUUUAAUGCAUAAUGUCUCACUGGACCUUGAUGUCAGGAAAGACGUUUUACUCAUGGAUAUGAAAAUGUGCAGAGUUCGAAUAUUGAAUUGAAUGGAGUUUUAUUAAUAGAUGUGUAUGAAAAUACUACUUGAAUGUUUAUUGAAAAGUAAAGAGAUAGUUAACACAAAAAUAAAAAACAUGUCACCUUUUA